CCGCCAGCCCUCACUUAACCGGUCGACCUUUCAGAGUCUUCAGCCUCGACACAGGGAGGCUAAACCCCGAGACCUACAAAUACUUCAACGAAGUGGAAAAACACUAUGACAUCCACAUCGAGUACAUGUUUCCAGAUGCCGGCGAAGUCCAAUCCCUCGUAAGAAGCAAAGGCCUUUUUUCCUUCUACGAGGACGGCCACAAAGAAUGCUGCCGAGUUCGCAAAGUCCGUCCUCUUCGAAGAGCUCUCAAAGGCCUCAGAGCUUGGAUCACCGGUCAGCGCAAAGAUCAGUCUCCUGGAACCCAUGCCCAAAUUCCCGUAGUCCAAGUCGACCCUUCGUUUGAAGGGCUUGACGGUGGGAUUAAAUGGAACCCGGUUGCAAAUGUCAAUGGAAAAGAUAUUUGGAGUUUUUUGAGGACGAUGGAGGUUCCGGUGAACUCGUUGCACUCUCAGGGGUAUGUGUCGAUUGGAUGCGAGCCGUGCACGAGGCCUGUGCCCCCAGGGCAGCACGAGAGAGAAGGGAGAUGGUGGUGGGAGGAUGCAAAAGCCAAAGAGUGCGGCCUUAACAAAGUUGGGAGUUUUCCGACGAUACUGUUGUUUACUAAGAAUGGCUCGAGACCGGUAAAGUAUCCAUCAGAGAAGAGGGAUGUUGACUCUCUCCUUGCAUUCAUCAAUGCACUUAGAUGA